AUGUCCACGGAGAUUGACGAACUACGGCGCCUCCUGGCAAAGGAAAAGGAGAAGACAUCCAAAAUCAACCUUCCCGCUUUCCUUGACGGUCUCCAUAACCACCUCUUCCUUGGUCUCGCAGUUCAGCAGGACAAGACACAAUCAACGCGUGGAGAUCCUGCAAAUGCGACCAACAAACUGCGCCCCAGAAAACUCAAAGCCUGGGACUCUUUCGCGAAAGAACAAGAGGACAUUUGGCGAUUGUUGAUGGAUUCUUCGCUUGUCGAAGCCAAGCUGUUCACUUCCCUUCAUACCUUGGAAGAAAUAGGCGAGAGCAUCCGGCAGCAGCUUGUUGGCUCGGAACUUGACCUUAGCACUUUCUUCGCCAAACCACUGCGACAAACUUUUGGGUUGAGAGGGUCGAUACGCUUUGAGAACCACUCCAAUACACUGAGCCCUGAGUGGGAACUUGAGGAGCGAAUGCAGAAUAUCGAUUUACGCGGUCCGCCGCGACGACUUUCACCGCGUUUAGCUGCCCGAGAACACAGCGAACCAAGCACCCCCGCGGUGCGUCGCCCGACGACACCACCUCCGGCGCGAAGCAGCAGACCUCGUGCCGAUCAAUUUUGCGUAUACAACAUCCCCAGCCAAUCAUCCGAAUCGAUCCAUCGCGUUGCAGCUUAUAUCAAAGAGUACAAAUCUCCGCAUAAGGUCACACUGGGCCACAUCUAUGAAGGGCUGGAGGAUAUGGACAUCGAUGAAGUGGUUGAGCAACAAGAUGACGAGACCCUAAAAAUUCGGUUCCGUCGCGCGAUUGCUGGGCUUCUCGUGCAGCCACAUGACUACAUGAUUCGUGCUGGUACGGAAAUGGGAGUGCUAAGCACCGGCGAAGCUGAUAUUUAUCUGCGAAUCGGAGAAGAUCCCGGGACGCUUCUCUACCACCUCUCUGUUCCAAAGGGAGAUGUUGGGGACUUCACUGGCUGGAACCCCCAAUCAAACGGCCCAAAUCGUCUGCAUUUGACCGCCGUGGGGCAAGCCCUUGCUUUCACUCUCCAGGCGCUCAAGUUGCAGCCUCGGAAUCAAGCUUGGAGACAAAAAGCAAUUGACUCAUUGCCAAGAUGGGAAGUGGUAGUCGCAGAUGUUCUGGGCAGUAUCCCAGAUGAGGAGGUACCGUCUUCCGAAUAUCGCCCUCCAAGGACGGACGGGUUACUUCGAAUGUCUCCGAUACAACUGCGUCGCAGGCGAAACAAGCCCAGUCCUGAGCUUCGAUCGGGUGUAGAUAUGAACGGCAGUCCCUACCACGAUGAUUAUAUCUCACAGCUCCAAGAAUCCGAACCAUGGGAACAGGAUUCACAAUAUUCUCCCCCUACCCCGGGAUACUUCCGAAGCCCAUAUGCUACAUCUCCCAACUGCAGUCCUUCACCGUUCGCCCCAUUCGACAAUGACCCCAACCCGGCAAGCCAACUUCGACCUAGUACUUUACCUCUGCUACAAGAAUCCGAAUGGGAGUCAGACAAGGCCUACGACGAAGAAUCACCAACCUGCAUCCACUAUUUCAUAGAAUGGCGAGUCACCCUCAACAACAAGACCGUCGUGAAAGACACGGAAGAAGAUAUUGUAUUGGCGCCGGGCGCCUACUGGAAGUUGUUCUUGGAGGAGAAGCUACACACCGUCAUCCAAGAGAAAGUGUCUCGCAACAGAAGGGUCAGGAUCGAUGACACUGCAAUCGUCGUGUCAAACAGCGACCGUACCCAGCGUGAUCUGAACAAGCGCUUCAACAAAACGGAAAUAGUUUGGGCCCCUAUUGAGAAACAAUUAAGGAUGUGGUCGAACCAUUUCUGCCGUGGAAAAAGACUCACGCUGAGAGUCUGUUUCAAUUAUGUCGAGGACUGCAGUUCCCCACCCGCCGGGCGAAAGGGUGAAAAAAGGGGGAAAUCCUCUGUCACAAGGAGGAUGCUUGACGACCGAGAUGCCCAGCUGGAUGCUGAGGAAAAUGCAUACGGACAGCAAUCGAUUUGGCGGCGCGUUUAUGAUUUGAUGAAAUGUGAUUCAGCCGCAUGCCACUUGGGCCCUUAUUGCUGGCUAGAUCCAAACGGAAAGAAGCAUUAUCGACUCCGCACGCAAACACUCAGGCGUCUGGUAACCUACGCCGAAAAAGGUGGUAUCCUAGAGACGCACAGAGACGUUCCAGAUGAAAUUCGAGAUGAGCUCUACAUGGAAGAGCAGCAGAGGGAGGAAAAAGAUAAGCGCAAAGGCGGUAAUAUUCUUGGCAGUCAAAUGUCGCAUUCGCCGAUCAACAUCAAUGUUCAUCCCCCUGGAGUGGCCACAACGGCUUCAGCUGUUGAGGCAGCUAGGCCAAAAUUUGCGAGUCCGCUGAAGAUUCCUGGUCUCAAGGACGUGGCCGUCAAAGAAUAUGGUGAGUGGCUUGCAUCGAAUGUAUCUGAUGAUACUCUCAAAGCUGCAUUCCGACAAGCGUGCGAUAUAACCCUGUCAGAUGGCUUUGAGCUUGAGCACAUCUACAAGGAUCAGAACCCGGAAUUUUUCGUCAGCAAAGGGAUCAAACCCGGGGUUGCUCGGAGUUUCGUAGAAAAUAUUCGUGAUUGGGUUGAGAAUGUGAAAAAGGCAUUGCCUGUUCUCGACUUGGUGUAG